GCAACCCUGCUUGGACGCGGCAUAGAAAUCACAAACAAAAAACAUAAAUAAACGUAAUAAUACGCAAAUUAAAAUUGUACAACAGGUGAAUGGUUAACUAAAAUAUGGCCGGCACCACAAGGAUCACUACACUACCGCAGUCCAAGGAGGCGCUGCUCAAGUCGUAUAAUGCGCGCCUCAAAGACGACGUACGCAGCAUGUUGGAGAAUUUUGAAGAGAUACUCAAACUGGCACGUCGUGAGAGUCACAGUCAAAUAUCAAAGAUAACACAGUGUGAGCAGGAUGCCCUGGAGAUGCAAGUGCGUGCCGCCAAUAUGGUGCGAGCUGGGGAAUCGCUUAUGAAGCUGGUGGCCGAUCUUAAACAAUACCUCAUACUCAACGACUUCCACUCGGUGAACGAGGCAAUCACAAACAAUUCUCAACUGUUUCGUGCCACACAAAUUGAGUGCGAUAAAAAGCUGAUGAAGCUGCGCGAUGAAAUGGCAAUGGAUCUCUAUGAUCUGGAGGAGGAAUACUAUACAAGCAUAUUCAAAUAGUUGUUAAUUAGCAUAGUUAAGACUACAAUAAACGAAUUAGACAAACAAAA